AUGUACUGGAUUUUUGGUUAUUUCCUGUUUUGUAUAUGGCGGACAGCUAACUCACAACCCGCUGAACUAUAUCCUAGUAUUGAUCCGAAUCAUUUUGGUGCCGAUGGUAGUCCUUGUUAUGAUCGUCAAACUCGUCAACCACAACGUUGUGUGCCCGAUUUCAUCAACGCCGCCUUCAAUUUGCAAGUUGAAGUGACAAAUACUUGUGGUGAGAAAACACCAACCAAGUUCUGCGUGCAAUCUGGUCAUACUGGACAAAGAAGUGUUUGUGAAACUUGUGAUGCAAGACACCCGGUUGGUUAUUUUUAAAAGUUUAAAAGGGUUUGGAAAAAGAAUUUCUUAUUACUGGUAUAUUUUGAGUUAUUAGCAAAUUCACAAAGUAGAUCACAAAAUUCUCAUUUGGAUAGACAAUAUAUUUUUUUACAUAUCACUAACUCACUAACUGAUUUUUUUUCCAGUCAUUUGCUCAUCCAGCCAAAUUUUUGACUGAUUUCAACAAUGCUAAUAACGAAACUUGGUGGCAAUCCGAAACAAUGUUGGAAGGAAUGCAACAUCCAACAACUGUCAAUUUGACAUUAACCCUUGGCAAAUCUUUUGAUAUCACCUAUGUUCGUUUGAAGUUCAUCAGUCCACGACCAGAAUCUUUUGCGAUUUACAAGAAAACCACACCGAAAGAUGAUUGGGUUCCAUGGCAAUAUUAUUCGUGAGUUUCAUCAGUCUAGUUUAAAUAAAAUUUUUCAAUUUGAACUCUUUUUUUUUUUUGAAUAUAGAAAACAAAAUCAAUAACGAAUUCUAUUUAUUUAAAUAUAAUUAUUUUCAGAGGAUCUUGCCGUAUGACUUACAAGCUCAGCGACCGUACCCCAAUCUUACCGGGCAGAGAAAAUGCUCCACAAUGUACCAAAGAGUUCUCUGAUAUCUCACCAAUUACCGGUGGAAAUAUCGCGUUUUCAACUUUGGAAGGAAGACCAUCGGCUCAUGCUUUUGAAGAUUCGCCAGUUUUGCAAGAAUGGGUUACCGCUUCAGCUAUCAGAAUCUCGUUGAACAGAAUGAACACUUUUGGAGAUGAAGUUUUCCGUGAUCCACAGGUUUUAAGAUCGUAUUAUUAUGCCAUUUCUGAUUUUGCUGUUGGAGGAAGGUUGGUUUUUAUAUCUUCAAUAAGCUUUUCUGUUUAGAAAUUUUGUUUAUUUCAUUUUAACCACAAAAAAAAUGAAAAUUUUCCAGAUGUAAAUGUAAUGGCCACGCAUCUGAAUGUGUUUCAUCAUCUUCAGUUGAAGGAGAAAAUCGUCUCGUUUGUCGAUGCGAACAUAAUACUCAAGGAGAAGAUUGUAAUGAAUGUUUACCAUUCUUCAAUGAUCGACCAUGGGCUUCUGGAACUGCGAAUGAAGCAAAUGAAUGUGUUGCUUGUAAUUGUUCACAACUCUCCAACCGAUGCUUCUUCGAUCCAGUACUUUUCAAUGAAACUGGUCAUGGUGGACAUUGUUUUGAUUGUCAAGGAAAUACUCAAGGAGUUCAUUGUGAGCAAUGUGUUCCAAAUUAUUGGAGAAGACCUGGAGAGAACUUCUGUAUUGAAUGUCGUUGUAAUGAGGUUUGUUUUGGUUUUCUUCUGAAACCUUGUACUUUUUUUUUUUGAAAAACAAAAAUCUUAUUCUAGAUCGGCUCACUCAACACUCAAUGCGACAACGAAGGAAAAUGUCAAUGUAAGCCAGGUGUCACUGGAAAAUAUUGUGAUCAAUGUAUCGAUGGAUAUUUCGAUUUCAGCCCCAACGGAUGCAAGUGAGUAGUUGACACAUUUGAUAAAUAAAACACCUGACGCGUUCAACCGAAAGGUCACAUAGCUUAAACUAAGAAAAUCUUGAAUUUUUUUAUUUAUCUGUUGCAUUUGCCAAUGAUUUAUUUUCAGAGAUUGCGGUUGUGAAGCGUCGGGAUCCUUCAAUAAUCAACCAAAAUGUGACUCAACAACCGGAACAUGUAGUUGUAAAACAAAUGUUGAGGGAAGACAAUGUGACAAAUGUAAACCGGGAUACUUUGAUUUGUCGUUGGAAAAUCAAUUCGGAUGUACACCGUGUUUCUGUUAUGGGCAUUCAUCAAUUUGUAGAACUGCUGAUGGUUAUAAUGCUGUCAAUGUUUCAAGCAAAUUUGAACAAGAUAAACAAAAAUGGACUGGAAUUAGUCGAAGUGGACCACAAGAUGCUCAAUGGGCUGAGCUUGAUAAAGCUGUAGCUGUUUCAGAUCAAGAUAAUCUUGCAGUCUACUUUGUCGCCCCAGAACAGUUCACUGGAGAUCAAAGAAGCAGUUACAACCAACUUCUUGUUUUCACACUCAAAGUUGCCAAACACAUCACCAGUCAAGAUGUCAAGUAAGUUGAUUUGCACAAAGAUUGGAAAACAUUAUUGAUUUAAAUUAUUUUCAGAGAUAUUAUCAUUGUUGGUGCUGACAACAGAGAAUUAUCCACAUCAAUCACUGCUCAAGGAAAUCCAUUCCCAACAACUGAACCACAAGAAUAUAAAUUCAGAAUUCAUGCGGAUCCAAAUUAUGGAUGGUAUCCAAGAAUCAAUGAACUUGAUUUCAUCGGAAUUCUCUCGAAUAUCACAGCCAUCAAGAUUCGUGGAACUUAUUCAUACAAAGAUAUUGGAUAUUUGUCAAAUGUCAAUUUGGGUUCAGCUGGUAGCGUUUCUUCAGAACUCAAUCCAAAACCAGCAACUUGGAUCGAACAAUGUGAUUGUUUGCAAGGAUUUGUUGGACAAUUCUGUGAAUCUUGUGACAAGGGUUACAAACGUGAACAAAAGUUCGGAGGUCCAUUCAACAGAUGUAUCAAAUGUGAUUGUCACGGACACUCAAGCAGUUGUGAUCCAGAAAGUGGAGCUUGUAUUUGUGAACAUAAUACAGCUGGAGAUACUUGUGAAAGAUGUGCUCGUGGAUAUUAUGGAAAUGCUUUGAGCGAAGAACCAACUGCUUGUGAAAAGUGCCCAUGUCCAAAUGAUGGUCCGUGUAUUUUGCACUCCGAUGGAGAUGUUUUGUGUACCGAAUGUCCAAAUGGAUACACCGGAAAACGGUGUGACGAAUGUUCAGAUGGUUAUUUCGGAAAUCCAAAAGAAAGCACUGAAUGUCAAGAAUGUGCCUGUUCUGGAAACACCGAUCCAAAUGCUAUUGGAAAUUGCGACAAAAUUAGUGGAGAAUGUAAGAAAUGUGUCUACAAUACUGAUGGUUUCAAUUGCGAGAAAUGUAAAGCUGGUUUCUGGGGAGAUGCACUUUCUGAGCCAAAGGGUAAUUGCCAAGCUUGUGGAUGCUUUGCUGCCGGAACCAAACGACCAAAUAAUGAUUAUGUUGUUCUUGAAUGUCGACAAGAUGAUGGACAAUGUGAUUGUCUUCCAAAUGUUAUUGGUAUUCAAUGUGAUCAAUGUGGCGUAAGUUUUCCAUCAAAUUUUGAUUAGAAAAAUCUUGAUUUUUAAUUGAGAGUUACUUUAAAAAUAUGUUUUUUUUUCAGCGUGGUUUCUACAACAUCACAUCUGGAUUAGGAUGUCAAGAAUGUAACUGUGAUCCACUCGGUUCUGAAGACAAUACCUGUGACGUCGUCACUGGUCAAUGUAUCUGUAAACCAGGUGUCACCGGAAAACGAUGUGAUCAAUGUGCUCCAUAUCAUUUUGGAUUUGGUGCCAACGGUUGUCAACCGUGUGAUUGUGAACCAAUUGGAUCAGAAACUGCACAAUGUGACCAAAAUAGUGGACAAUGUUUGUGUCAUCAAAAUGUUGAAGGAAGACGUUGUGAUCAAUGUUCGGAAAAUAGAUAUGGAAUGACUCAAGGCUGUCUUCCAUGUGAUGAUUGUUAUACUUUGAUUCAAACUCGUGUUAACGGUUUCCGUGCCAAAGUUAAGAAUCUUGACAAUACUCUUCAAGAGAUUAUUGAAAAUCCAGCACCAGUUAAUGAUACUCAAUUUGAUGACAAAGUCAAGGAAGCUUCUAAAGAAGCUCAAGCUCUUUGGGAACUUGUUAAAGAAAAGACAAGUAAGUUUAUUUUUUUUUGUAAAUUCUGAAUAAUUAUAAUAAUCCCUUGCUUUUUCAGAUGCUGGAAGUGGUCAAAUUAUGACAAAAUCCAAACAAAUAAAGCAAGAUCUUAUCGAUGCUAUGAAGAACUUGAACUCGAUUGAUGAAAAUAUCAACAAGGCAAAGAAGAAGUCUGAAAGUUCUGAUACCAACAUGAAACGAUGGAAUAUUAUCAAUGAAAAUACUCGUCGUGAACUUGAAAAUACUAUCAGAUAUUUGGAAUCGGAAGGAGAAGCAAGUGCUAUUAGAGCUCUUGAAGCCAGUCAGAAAUAUGGAGAGAAGAGCACACAAAUGUCAGAAUUGGCUCACAAAACAAGAGAAGAAGCUCAAAAACAACUUAAAACUGCUGAAAAUAUUGAAAAUCUUGCCAAGCAAGCUAAUGAGAAUGCAGAGAAAGCCAAGAAAGAAGCUGAUGAAGCUAUUUAUGGUGGAUCAGCUAUUUCAGAUCAAAUCAAUGCUCUCAAGAAUCGUCAAAAUGAAAUCAAUGAGACUUUGGCUAAAACAUUGGCUCAAGCUGAAGAGCAAAAGAAAUCUGCUGAAAUUGCUAAUACAAAUGCUGCUCAUUUGAUUACAAAUGUUGAAAGUGUCAAGAUUCCAGCAGUUAAUCCAGCUGAUUUGGAAGCGAUUGCCAAGAAAAUUGAUGUUGAAUCAGAGCAAACUAUUCAAAAUGCUAAAGAUGAAAAUGAACUCAACAAUGAGACUUUCGAUCAAGUAAAUUUUUUUUAUAGUUUUCAUCUGAAUCAAUUGUAAUUUCAAUUUUUUGCAGGUUGAACGUGUUGUUGCUGAAGCCAGACAUGAACUUCAAAGUGCUCAAGAUCAACAAAGAAUUGCCGACCAGCUUUUGGCUGAAGUUGAUCUUUCAAGAUCUAGCAUUGAUGAUUCAAUCAAAAUUGCUGAUGAAACAUUGGAUACUGCUCAAAAAACACUUGACGCCUUGAACAGUUUCAACACACAAAUUGAGAUUUCAAGACAAGAAGCAAUUGCUGAGCUCGAGAAAAUUGAGAACAUCAAGGAGAAAAUUGCUGAAGCUGAAAAGAUUGCAUCCGAAACUGAUCAAUCAAUUGGAGAUGCAUCAAAAGAAGCCGACAAUGCUCGUGAACUUGCAACUCAAUCACAAUCAAGUGUUACAAAUGUGAAAGAUGAAGCUGAAGAUUUGCGAAUCAAGGCGGAAGAUGUUAAAAAAUCUGCAACAUCAUUGAAAAAUGAAGUCAGUUCGCUUAUUGAUGAAUUGAAAGAUACCAAAUCUGAACUUGGACAAUAUCAAACACAAGCUGAUACUGAUAAACAAAUGGCAACUGAAGCUGUGAGAAAAGCGACUGUUGCUAAACAAUCAGCCACCAAAGCAAAUGCAACAGUUUUAGAAAAAGGAGAAAAUAUCAAGGCGAUUAUUGAUACUUUGAGUAAGCUUUAGAAAUUAUUGAUUUUUCAUAGGACAAUAUAUAAUUCAUUAUUUUGCAGCAUCAUUGGAAGAGGUGAAUAAUGCAGAUUUGGAUGAACUCGAAACCGAAAUUGAUAAAAUUGAUGAGAUUCUUGCACAAGCUCAAAUUUCUGAUGAUGUUCCACAGGUUCAACAGACAAAGGUUGAAGAAACACAGCGUAUCGCCCAACUCAAGGCCGAUAUUGCUGCUCUUCAAAAAGAGGUAAUUAAAAAAUUUUUGAAUAAUGUUCAAAAACAUAUAAAUAUUAUAAUUUUUGCAGGUGUUGAACUUGGAACAAAUUCGCGAUGCUUUACCAACAAAAUGCUUUAAUGUCAUCAAUCUCGAACAAGAAGGACAAAAAUAA